CCCCAAAGGCAAAAUGAGUAGACCCAAAACCCAAAACUCCAUUACUAAUCUCAAGCUCAUGAUCAUAGUCUGUUCAUUCCUAUUCAUGGCUGUAAUGGUUCUAAUAAGAUCCAAUGUAACAAUUUCAUCAUCACCAAAUCCCAUCUGCCCAACACCCACUGAAGAAUGCAACAAAAUCUCACCAUCCCUAGCAAAUGUACUGGUCCACUAUGCCACCUCCAACAUCACCCCACAACAAACCCUAAAAGAAAUCUCAGUUUCCCUUAGAAUCUUGGACAAAAAAUCCCCUUGCAACUUCUUGGUUUUCGGCCUCGGCCACGACAGCCUGAUGUGGUCCGCUCUCAACCACGGGGGCCGGACCGUCUUCCUAGAAGAGGAUAAAUCUUGGAUAGAUCAGAUAAGGCGGCGGAUGCCCUCCCUGGAAUCGUACCACGUCAAGUACGAUUCCAAGGUGUCCCGGGCCGAGGAGCUGAUGGGAAUCGGAAUGGGAAUCGAGUGCAGGGAAGUGGUGGACCCACGCGCUUCGAAAUGCGGGCUGGCGAUAAAGAACCUGCCGGACGAGGUGUACGAGGUCGAUUGGGAUGUGAUCAUGGUGGACGCGCCGACCGGGUACCAUGAUGAAGCCCCGGGGAGAAUGAAUGCCAUUUACACUGCUGGAUUGAUGGCUAGGAAUAGGGAAAAUGGGGAGACUGAUGUUUUAGUGCAUGAUGUAGAUAGGGUUGUGGAAAAUAAGUUCUCCAAGGCUUUCUUGUGUGAAGGGUAUUUUGUUGAAGAAGAAGGAAGGAUUAGACAUUUUACUGUUCCCAGCCAUAGAGUUCGCUUGGGCAGACCUUUCUGUCCUAGAAUCUAG